GUUAAACAUAAGUAAUCAUUAACAGCUCUGUCUGUCACGCGGCAUAAUCGAGAAGUGUUGCAGCAAAUAACAGCUUACACAUUUUUUUGCAGUUAAUCACAACUGCGCCAUUAUAGAUGUCUUGCAGCUUUUACAAGUCAAACAGCAAUACACUUCCAGACUUCUUUAUGCUCAGACUGGUUGGGAUAUUACAGCAGAGAUUCCUCAAGUUCAAAGCAUAAAAAUAGCACAGCGCCAGAGAACGCGAUUGCAGGAUAGCCGCACUAUUUUCUUCCACUCUUUACAGUCCAUAUCCCGCUCUGUUAGUGUUUUUUUUGCAAGCUUGCUUACCGACGGGAUAAAGAUGCAGUUUUCCGGACUGACGCUGCAGUAUCCGCAUCAUUGCGUGAUCAGCGUUUUCCUGACAUUGGUUAUCUUUCUGAGUUUCCAGACUGCUGCAAAUGCCCAGAUUAACUGCUACGUAUGCCAUUCCAUAAACGGUUCAGAUCCGCAGUGUGAAAAUCCCAGUAGAAUCGGAUCCAACACUUCCGUUCUAAUCCAGAACAACUGCCGGACAGCGUUGGGGGCAACUGGUCCGAACUCACCCAGGCCCGCGCUUGCUUGUGUAACAGCUUUGGGCGAAUUCAAGGACAAAACAUCGAAGAAGAUUGUGAUAGCAGUAUCCAGAUACUGUACAGCUAUGUUACCACCUGUGUUGAUGGGCAAACCUUUGCCGGACGUCCAUUAUCAAUGCGCAGAAACCGAUUCCGAUGAUAUCUUACCUGGACCACGGCGCACCUUAAAUGGAUGCAUAGACAUCUGCUUUCAUAACACCUGCAACUCGGCGUCCAUUUACCGCUUAGCGCCAGUAAUGCGCAAGAAGUACGAGGACUACAUUGCGCAAGCUACAGCAUCCGAUCCCAGCAAGAAAAGCAAGCUCAAAUUCCCCGAUGUCUUCGCUGUUGUCGAAGCGCAGCGGCUAAACGAAGAAGAACGUUCAGGUCCGGGAACGGGCAAUAAAUCCGCUGGCAUUCGACAUUCGGGUACGGCUGGAUGUGUUGUAGCUGCCUGGAGUGUCUUGCGAAUGUUAUCCUUGUACCUGAAAUAAACCAAAAUUUAAUAGCAUCGUACCUGUAUGUUGUGCUAUCAGCUGCAACACAACGCAUAAAUUGCUGAUAAUAAUAAAUAUCAUUAUGAACGAUGUCGAUUAUUCUUGGAUAGUCUUGUUCCUGUAUAUGUCUGAAUAAUUUCAAUCUCAGUUUUGGUUCUUCUGAAAGUUUUUAAACAUUUGUAGAAGAAGCAUGCUGUGGUCACCUUUGACGAGUUGUUUAUAUAAGAACAAUAAAUAUGAAUGUGCGAUA